UGUUCGCACGGUUGCGGGGCCGCAGGGUUGUUUAUUCGCCAGGCAGAAGAAUAAGUACAUCUGGCGCCCAUUUGCAACUUCCUCAGAAUUCAAAGAAGCUGUGUGGAGUACGCCCCUACCAGUUAUAACGGGGGCAGGGCAACAGAUCGUUAUGCUCGGAUUGGCAUUAAAUAUGCCUGGUACCUAGGCAGCAUUGCUUUUGAAAACAGCCCUACCCAAUGUGGUUGAGUACAAGACUGUAAAAUAAUUAAUUCCCAUGUUCAUGAUAAGCCACAGAUAUGGCUGCUGCUGAGGCCUGGACAUUCACAUCCAAUCUGCAAAAUGAUCACGUCUCACUUUUGCUUUUUAACUCAGAAGAUGAGACGUACCUGUUUAGAGAUGUGCAAGAGAGGGAGAGCAUGCAUGGGACAUUCUUGCCUGGAGGGCCUACUACUGUGGCACUGAAUACAUGGAGUAAAGUGGUUCAAAACAAGCUCAAUGAGCUCAUUGGUUCUUGUGAUAUUAGCCCUCAACUGCUCAAGAUCCAGAGAUUUUUCAUCCCGUGCUUGGCCCGAGCAAUCAGCCAUGUUGUCUUCUACAUCAAAGUUAAUAACAAGAUCAAAAACAAGACUAAGGUCAAGCCGCUGCUGCGCUGGAUGACGCCGGCUCAGGUGCGCGCGUGCGUGGCCGAGGCACGACUGAUGGCCAGCCCCGAGGUGCUCGAGUACCUGCAGCUGGCCGAGGCCCGCGAGCAGCCCACCAGCUCAGGUGCGCACCAGGUCACGCUGGACGAGAAGGGCGGCGGCUACAUCUACGUGCUGGCCGAGGAGCGCGCUGUCAAGCUGCCGCACGAACACCUGCUGGAGGCGGCCAAGUUCUUCAAGCAAGAUUGA